AUGAUCCAUCUCGAUCGUAACCGCAACGAAAUCGAUUCAGAACAAAAUUCAAAUCUUAUCUUACCAGAGGAUCAUUCAGCUACUUUCAAUUGGGUCACGGACAUCACUCAUAACGACGAGCAUCACAAUUAUUUCGCAAAUUCUUUGUCUGACUUGAAUAAUAAUCAUCCCGAGGGUCAGACAAUCCAUCCUAUCCCACUUCCAGCUGACGACAAGAGUUCGUCACUUUCACCUCCUCCAGAAUACAAUUCACCUCAAAUUAAACACAAGUCUCCUCCACAAGCACAAGAACCAGAGCCAGAACAAGAAGACGAUGGGGAUGGUUCUUAUUCGAGACAGUUAACACCACUCACAGACCUAUCAGCAGUACCAGAUGGUGACGAGAGUUUGGAUUUUGAAAAGAAGGACAACAGUCCAGCAGAAGUAGAACAAGAGCAGAAUGGUGACCUGAACGCACAGGACAACCCAGAUAAUCGUUGGUCAGAAAAACGUACAAUAAAUGGUACAUCAUCCCCAGUCCGCUCAAUCCCCAGCUCCCCAACAAGAUAUCCAAUCCCAAUUCCCGUCCCAGGUCCCUCUCACAGACUUGGCCCAUCAUCAGCUCCUUCUCAUUCAAGACGUCCAUCAAGGGAAAUCGUCCCAAUCAGCCAACUCCCUUCACCAAACUUACCACCAGCAAAAUUAUCUGAUUCCUCUACAGGAGAAACAAAAGUCGUUAGGAUUCUCGAGAUCAACUCAGAAUUGCUAAAAGUCUGUAUGGAGUUCCAAACACGUGGCGUGCCACCGACUGACGCUCGCUUCUCUCAUUUCGCUAAUCGCAUACAAGUAAACUUGACCUGGCUAGCAGCUGCUGCAGAUCAUCAUCGAUGUAAUGACCCUAGACUCGUAUUGCCCGCAAUGGAUGCUCCUUCUCCCGUCGAAUCCAUAUCAAUGGAUCGAAUACAUCACCUCUAUGCCGAUUUACCCACCAUAUUCGCAAAGGAACUUGCACGACGCCAGCUCGCUUCCAGCGUUCAAUACUCUCCUACCACUUCCGCCGCACUCCUAAAUGGUCCAUUAAAGCGCAGCAGACCAGAUGACAUGGCAGACCUCGUGAACAAAAGACGCGACAUUGGUGAGACCAAACCACACUCCAUGCAACCACCCGCAAUCCCAUCCAUAUCCAUAUCUGGUGCUGGUCAACGCACCAGCCCCACAUCCACAUUCCCUCCCUCUCUGCAUCCAAACAUGGCCGUCGCCAGUACGCCCACCAUACCGCAGAGUCCCCGUACCUCCAGUCCCAUGCCCCCUCCAUUGUCUACCCCCUCACUACCCUUCGGCGCCACUGAGGCAUCAAUAGCAGCUACGACGCGCGCUCGCGCACGGGAGAUGCAGAUCCACCAAGCGCGCGAGCAACAACUUCGAGCAGCUCAGAUGCAACAUCAAAUGCAAUCUGCGCGCCAGAUCUCCCCUCCCGAUUCCUCCCCACGAAUGCCCCAAAAUUUGGGACCGGGCACACCGCAACAUCCGCAUACAUCAUAUGGCCACAACCCUCCAGCGAUGCAGAUUCUCCAAAAUCCUAGCCAUCCCCUGAUGACGUAUCUCAUGUCCCAAAUCCCCAACUUCACAUCUCUGCCGUUGCCUCAACAGGUUCAGAAGCUCACGAAUUUUCAGAAUAUUCUAGCGCAGAAACAGCCACAGAAUCCGUCCAAUCAGCAACAACGCCCCCCUAUGCCUGGUCAAAUGCCCGGUCUAGGCCAGAACCCCUCCAUGCCGCCCAUGCCCAACGCCCCCAUGCAAAGCAGUGGUCCAAGUCCUGUAUCUCCUUUAGGCCAACAAUCACCCGUCUCAUCUCAAUCCCAACAACAAAUGAGCGCCCAACCCCAGCAAGCCAGCAUGUACCCAUUUACAAACCAAGGCCACAACACACCCAGCGUAGACCCCCGCAUAGCAGCCUCCAAUUUCACACAACAAAUGCCAGGCAACAUGGGUGCCAUGAACCUAAACCAACAACGGCAGCUCAUGCUCAUGCAGCAGCAAAUGCGGAAUUCAAGUGGGAACAUGAACAUGAACGCCGCGAACCUCAUGAACCCACAGCAGGCAUUUGCGAUGCAGCAGCAGCGGGGGAUGCCCCAGGGUGGUCCGUCUCAAGGGGGCUCACCUAUGUCCGCCCCCGCGAAUGAUACCUUCCCCGCAUUGCGCUCGAAUUCGACAAUCCCAGGAAUUGCGAGGAGUGGGCGGUCGCCUUCUGAGAGCGUACAUUCACCCAUGACGCCUCGUGCCCCGUCGAGGCUUUCGUCACAACCUCCUAUGCAGCCUGAAGACUACCAGCGAGCGAUGACACAACAGACACAGCCGGGCAUGAUGGGGGCGCAGCAGAAUGCUGGCUCGUUCCACCCGCAGAUGCAGUAUCAUCAGUGGCAGAAUGGCCAGCAGCAGCAGCAACAGCAACAGCAACAGCAGCAGCAGCAACUGUCGCUCGGAGGACAAAUGAACGGGUUUGGGAUGAACCCUCAGGGAGGAGCAGGAGCAACGAACAGUCCCUAUGGCGGCUCCAUCUCGCCAUCAGGGGGAGGGCCUAACUGGCAACAGCAAAGCAUGAACGGAUACUACCCCCAAAGCAACCAACGACCACCGAAUGUCGCCAUGCAACAAACCAUCAGUCCCAUAGGAGACACAAGCACAGCAGGAGAAUACGAUAUAUUUAAUUGGAAUGGUCCAUGA